ACGAGGGUAGCCGAGAGGGUAGCCGAAAGGGUAGCCGAGAGGGUAGGCAAGAGGAUAGAGCAGUAGUGGGGAAUGGAAAAGGGGCAAGAGGGUAGGAAAGGCCGGCCGGCCAGUCGUGCUGUGGCGGCAACUUGGAGAUCGUCGCUUAUCCGCACUCUACCCCGAACGACGAUGUUUUCAAACAACGAUUCUUUGGUUCGUCCUAUCGACAGUUUUCGAGGACGGAUCGUCGAAAUCACGAGGGAUGAAGCACCUCGAUGGACGCUCGAUGAGCCUCACCGAACAGCCACCCUCUUCUCUACUGUCGCCGUUUAGGAGGAGACAGGACAAGGAGAACGAGGAAAAGGAAGAGGAAGAGAGAGAAUAACGCGACGAGGAGAAGAGAACAACGACUCUCUGUCUUUUCGAGUCGAUCUUAUUCUCUCGCAAUCUCGGUUGCCGAUUUUCCAGUCCACGCCUACGUGAAACAGUGAGAGAGAGAGAGAGAGAGAGAGAGAGAGAGAGAGAGAGAGAAAGAGAGAGGGAUGAUCUUCGCAGAGACUGCAGUUGCACGGCAAUCGCGCGAUUACCUUCCGCGACGGCUUGCUUGAGAAAAUCCAGAGAGAAAGGAAAAGAGAGAGAGGGAGAAAGAGAAAGAAAGAGAGAGAGAGAAAGAAAUAGAAAUAAAAAAAACCAGGAAGAGGGGAGUAGCACGUCGAAGAGGAAUGUGUGUCAGGACACUCGAUACUCAACGAUUCUCUCGUGACUGGACCAAGGAUAAGUUGGAGUGAGAGAGAAAGAAAGAUAUAUAUAUAUAUAUAUAUAUAUAUAUAUAUAUAUAUUUAUAUAUAUAUAGAGAGACAUGUAUUUACAUACGUUGCGUUGCGUCGUUCGAACGUUGACUGGAGAAGAAAAGAAGACGAAAGAGAAGAAAAAAAUAGAAGAACGUUAGCUUCCCGGCUAUCGUCAGGACUAGCCGGAAAUUCGAAGGAUGAGAACGAAACCAAGAAAGAAAUAUCUCGACAGGAUAACAUCGAUUUGCGAGCACCGCGAAGGAAACCGAUCGACGAUUAUCGAUUCUCGUUGUCUUGUCUCGUUCUCGCAUCACCGAACCCAUUCGGAGACACUUCUCUUUCUUCUGCUUCGAGCUUUCAAACUUCGAUCAAGAGAACGAUCGAUCAGUUUGAAGUUUACGAUUGACGUUACUCAAAGCCACGAGUUCACCGAGAAAUUAUUAUUAACAUCAUCAUCGUUAUUAUUAUCAUUAUUAUUACUAUUAUCGUCAUCCCAAGAACUUGCUUCUAACCGAAUAAUUUCGUCGAGACGAAAAUUUUCGACGGGAAAGAGGCCAUUAAUACAGCGAGCACUGUGAGAAAAAAUUGUUCGGUACACGUCCGUAGCUGUACUUCGUUUAGGAUUCGAGCUGAGCUCGAAGUGGCUCGAGCACGUUAAGCUAGUAAAAUCCGAGUUUGAGGGAUCACAGGGAACGUGACACGAAUUAGAACUCAUUUAGUAAAGUGUCGCUCGUUUGAAGGGGUCGUGUACUGAAAAGAAAAAGGGAGAGAGAGAGAGAGAGAGAGAGAGAGAGAGAGAGAGAAGAGAAAGAGAGAAACGACAUCGAAAAAGGGCUUUGCAGUGACCGAAGACCAAGAAGAGAAGCAACGUUAAGAGGACCACAACGAGGGAGCUUGCGAUGAUGCUGUUUUUCGUUUAAACGAGAAGAAAUUAGGGUUGAGAGUUAAAAGCGAUAUUUGCGAUGAAGGGAACAAGGAAAAAGUCGUGGGAGGAAGCGUCGAAGGAGGAGGAAAGCACGCUAAAAGAGGAAGUGCUGAAACGUAUCGCGGAAAUCCAAAUCCAUUGCAGCGUGGAGAAGAGAGGAAGAAGAUAAAGGUUGGGGGUAAAAGGGAGAGAAAGAGAGAAAGAGAGAAAUAGGGAAGCGAAGGAAAGAAGAGAACGCCACUUCACUGUUACGAGCUUUCUGUCAAAGAAAACGGGUCGGUUCGUCGGGCUACCCGAGAAAGCAACACUUUUUGAUCAAUAUAUAUAUAUAUAUUUAUAUAUAUAUGUAUGUAUAUGUAUGUAUGUACGUAUGUAUGUAUAAAAAAAGAGAGAGAGAGAGAGAGAGAGAAGAGGUUGGAAACGAAACACAUUUUCUUGGCGAAUCGAAGUGAACCAUACGACAUCGAGUGGGUGGCCCGACUUUGGAUAAAAGUUCAACAUUCCUACAAAAGUUUUAUUCGGAGGAAGAGGACGUAGUUUCAAGAAGUAAGGGAAGCGACGGAAAGAAAAGAAGGAAAGGACGGCUCCUUCCGACUCUGGAGAAGAAAAAAGAAGAAUAAGAAGAAAAAGUUCCGGCGGCGACGGAAAUGCCGAGGUUGCUUGCAAAUUAGACGUCCGGAGUUGAACGAAGAAUGCAGGGAUCGUGAACGAGAACUCGAAUCAUCGAAGAAGAAAGACGAAGAGUAUAUCGUAUCUCGAGUUUUUAGAAACGAGAAAGAUUUAGUUGUGUAAAGGGCUAGUUCGAAUAGUAAUCGAUCCAAUCGAUUCGGGAUCGAGAUCGAUAGAAAAUUCAUGGCAAACGAUGGCUCAGUAGUUAUGGCGCUGGUCCAACGGCAAUCGAGUUUCAUGCUUGGAGCUUUCGAGAAGCGAUCGGCAAGUUAACAACGUCGUUCUUCGUCGAACGUAUCGGCUCCGCAUAUCCGGCUUUUAGAUGAAUAAUUUUGCGGACAACUUCCGCCCUGUGAUUGGAAACUUGGAUAUAGCUAAUGCAUCCACGACCUAUAUAAGCUUCAUACAUCAGAUUCGAAGUUUCACGAACAAGUUAUAUCUCGAUCAAGAUCUAUCGAUCGAUAGAAACGCUUUGUAUUUAUUUAUUUGAUCAAUGAAAGACGUUUAUAACGAUCGACAAAUUCAAAUUUUUCGAUAAAAGAUAACGGAAGAAGGUUGAAUUUUAAGAUAUGCCAGUCGAGGCGGCAUCUUGCGUGCGUUUCGAUCUAUUUUAAAAGAAAAUCGACUGCGCAAUCUUGACGGAAGAAUACGAACUAACGAAUAAACAAGAUGAUCUCUAGUUCGGAUCGUUCUUUGCCUCCGUUUAGAACGGAAGGAAAAUGUUUCGAGAUCGAUCGAAAGGUAUAAAUUCUUAGGAAACUCAACGAAGAUUUCAAGAUACUCGACACGUGUCUUUGAAGUGUCUCGCCUAAUAACUUUUUGAACUUUUAUUCGAUAAGUGAAUAAACGAAGAACAUGCCUACGAGUUGUAGAACGUGCGAAAGGCCUAAAAACGUUGAAAACAACGAUAACGAGCAUUACGAAAGUUAGAGAAGCUAAAUGUUAAUCUUAAGAGAAAGCAACGAAUAAAUAAUCGAUCGAAAGAGAAUUAGCUGAUCUAAAAGAUGCGAUCUUCAUAUGAUUCGGAAAAGUAGCGCUCGACGCUUUGUUAUUCUCGUCAAAAUGAAACGCUCUUUGCUACACACGGUGAUCCUCUUGAUGACGCUUCAGCAGUUACCGUCGAUCAGUCGAUCUCGAAUACACAGUGAGAGGGAGUCCGUUUUGAUACCAGGCGAUAUCGUCCUCGGUGGUUUGUUUCCCGUCCACGAGAAAGGCGGUUCCGCUUGCGGACCAAACGUCUACAAUCGUGGCGUUCAACGGCUUGAGGCGAUGCUCUUUGCGGUCGAUCAAAUCAACAGAGAGACCAGGAUAUUGCCGGACAUUAUGUUGGGUGUACACAUCCUGGACACUUGUGGAAGAGACACCUAUGCUCUCAAUCAAAGUCUACACUUCGUUCGCGCUUCACUUUCAAAUUUGGAUAUAAGCGUGCUCGAGUGUGCAGAUCAAUCGACGCCCAGAGUAAAGAAGACGGCUAGUGCUGGACCGAUCUUUGGCGUCAUCGGUGGAUCCUACAGUUCCGUAUCGCUUCAGGUCGCCAAUCUGUUGCGCCUCUUUCACAUACCACAAAUAUCACCAGCGUCCACGGCCAAGGCUCUUAGUGACAAAACCAGGUUCGAUUAUUUUGCAAGGACAGUACCACCGGAUACGUUCCAGUCGAUUGCUCUGGUCGAUGUGGUGAAAAGUGCUAACUGGUCUUACGUAUCGACCGUCUAUUCAGAGGGUAGCUACGGCGAAUAUGGGAUCGAAGUGUUCACGCGUGAAGCAAUCGAGAGAAACGUUUGCAUAGCAGCAGCAGUAAAGGUACCGAGUGCAGCAGAUGACAAGGUCUUUGACGAUAUUAUUCAGAGAUUGAUAAAGAAGUCGAAUGCUCGAGCAGUCGUCCUCUUCACUCGAGCCGAAGAUGCCCGAGGAAUUCUCGAAGCAACGAGGAGAUCGAACCUCAGUCAAGCGUUUCAGUGGUUAGCCAGCGAUGGUUGGGGCAGACAAAUAAAGCUCGUCGAAGGUUUAGAAGAAGAAGCUGAAGGAGCGAUUACCGUUGAACUUCAAUCGAAAAAUAUUCCAGGAUUCGACGAAUAUAUGGCAACCUUAACGCCAGAAAACAACCAUAGGAAUCCUUGGUUCGCCGAAUAUUGGGAAGAGGUUUUUAGUUGCAAUUUAAAGAAAAACGCUAGGACUCAACAUCAAGCACAUACUACGAUUUCACCAGCGAAUGGUGCAAGAAAGACUUGUAGUCCUGAAUAUAGAUUAACACCGAGCAGAGGAUACGAACAAGAAUCUAAAGUCCAAUUCGUUGUUGAUGCUGUUUAUGCGUUUGCAUUGGCUCUUCAUAAUCUUCAGCGUGAUCUUUGUGGUAAGACUGGAGUAUGUCCUGCGAUGGCCAAUUAUGAUCGCGGUGCUUUCUACAGAAAUUAUCUCUUAAACGUUUCCUUCAAAGACUCCGCUGGCAGCGAGGUGAAAUUUGACGAACAUGGUGACGGCCUGGCAAGAUACGAGAUCCUGAAUUUCCGGAAGUCGAAUCUCAGCGGUACCGAUGGCUAUCACUAUCGGGUCGUAGGCAAAUGGUACAACUCCUUGGAUAUUAAGACGGACGAGAUGGUUUGGGCACGAGGUACAAAAGACAUACCGAUCUCAGCAUGCUCUUUACCCUGCGAGUCAGGUAUGAUAAAGAAGCAACAGGGUGACACUUGUUGCUGGGUGUGCGAUCAGUGCGAAGAGUACGAGUUCGUGUACGAUGAGUAUACCUGCAUGGAUUGCGGGCCAGGCUUGUGGCCUCACACAGACAAAAAAGGUUGCUACCAUUUACCAGUGAAGCAUAUCAAGUGGAGCAGCGCCUUUGCGAUAGCACCGGCUGUGAUUUCUUGUCUUGGAAUAGCAGCGACCUUGGCAGUGGCUUGUCUUCUCUUUCAACAUCGAGACACUCCAGUAGUUCGUGCUUCUGGACGAGAGCUGACCGUUGUUCUUUUAGCCGGUGUUUUGGUCUGCUACUUGAACACGUUUUUGUUACUGAUAACACCAACGACGGUUACCUGUGUUCUUCAAAGGUUUGGCGUAGGCGUGAGUUUCAGCGCCGUCUACGGUGCCCUUCUUACCAAGACCAAUCGUAUCGCCAGGAUAUUCGAUGCAGCUUCGAGAUCUGCGGUGAGACCUCGAUACAUCAGUCCAACCUCGCAAGUUUGUAUAGCGGCCGCCUUGAUAGCAUUCCAAAUUGUCCUGACUCUUAUAUGGAUGGUCGUCGAGCCACCAGGCACGCGAUAUUAUUAUCCCGAUCGCAAACAAGUCAUAUUGAAAUGUAACAUCCAAGACAUGAGUUUUCUCUUCUCUCAAUUAUACAACGCUAUUCUGAUCCUUGUAUCCACCGUUUAUGCCGUAAAAACACGAAAGAUACCCGAAAACUUUAACGAAAGCAAAUUCAUCGGCUUCACUAUGUACACGACUUGUAUCAUCUGGCUUGGCUUUGUACCCAUUUAUUUCGGAACUGGAAACGCUCACGAGACCCAAAUCACGACGCUCUGUGUCGCCAUUAGUCUUAGCGCAUCGGUUACCCUCGUAUGUCUCUACGCACCCAAAGUCUACAUUAUCGUCUUCCAACCGGAUAAAAAUAUACGAGGCAAAACUUUCAUCAAGGGCAACACUUUGAAGAAACAGGGUAGCAGCGCUGGAACCUCUUCGGUCACGAAAUAUACUGCCUGUGAAUUAGUCAGUGAAAGUAUACCUUUGCAGAGUGCACUCACAGCGGCUGUACAAACUUCGGUGGGCGUAACGGAGAUCUCACUUGCACCGAUCUCGUCUAGUAUGACAACUAAUAACGAACAGGUGGCUCAAUUGUAAAUUGACCCGCCAAUUACUUCUACGUACGAAUAUAAUAUCUUUGACACAUUCGAUAAAUUUGAGACAUAUUCGACGAAGUGAAUAAGUGUGAAUUACUGAAGGAAAAAAAAAAGGAAAAAAAAAAUAAUAAUGUAAUAUUCCAUCGUAGAUUAAUUUUUUCGAGUAAGAAGAAUAUAGAAAGAAGGAUGGAGAAAUUUUACGAGACUGUGUGCAUUAGAAGAAAAAUAUAAAAAUAAAAAAAGAAGAUAAAAAAAAA